AUGGGUCAUGAACACUCCAAAUUGUCGGAACCAAAAGGGUCGCGUCGUGCUCGCUUCAAAGAGCGUUUGCGUAGUCACUUUCACCGUCGUCCUAGCGGCAACGGCGAUGGCUCUUCUGCUCACAAGCCUCUCUCCGCCGAUAACUUCGCCGGAAUCGCUCUCCUCGCCGUCCUUCACGCGGAGAUGAAGUUCAAAGAUAAAUGGAUUGCGUGCGUUUCUCUCGGAGAACAGACUUUUCGUACCAACACCUCUGACAGCACUGACAAACCAGUUUGGAACUCUGUGAGUACUUUAAACCGUGACUGUUUCAAAUUAAGUGUGUAUGCUGAAAGGGUGUUUCGAAGACUUGCACCAUUCGAAAAGAAACUUCUUUUGGAACAGAACGGGGCUCAUGUUGCAAGAAUUUCUGUCUUCGAGACGAACAAACUGUCCAGCAAUACUCUUGUUGGAUACUGUGAGGUGGAUCUACUUGAAUUUCUGACCAAGGAUUCUGAUUCUGGCAUCGAGGUAUUGAACCUUUUAGAUCCAUCAGCACCUGGAAAAGUGGUUGGCAACAUUUCCAUUUCAUGCUCCGUAGAGGAUCCAAUUGAAACGGAGAAAGGCUUUGUCAGACGUAUUCUAUCUAUAGUGGACUACAAUGAGGAUGGGACGCUUUCACUUUCUGAAUUUUCUGACCUAAUUGAUGCUUUUGGCAAUCAAAUUGCAAACAGCAAGAAAGAAGAGCUGUUCAAAGCAGCUGACAAGAAUGGAGAUGGUGUUGUGAGCAUGGACGAGUUGGCUUCCCUUCUUACUUCUCAGCAAGAACAGGAACCAUUAAUGAAUUGCUGUCCUGUGUGUGGCGAGGUUCUUCAUAUUUCUGACCGGUUGAACAGCAUGAUCCACUUAACUCUUUGUUUUGACGAAGGGAGUGGUAACCAGGUGAUGACUGGAGGAUUCUUGACAGAUAAGCAGGCUUCGUAUGGCAUUGGUGUUGUAAAAGGGCGGGGAGAGGAUGGGAAGUGGGGUAAUGGUGGUAGGGUCGGUGGUUGGGAUGUUGGUGGUGGGUGCCGUAGUAGCACAAAUAGGGAGGGUAAUUUCUUAGUAUAUGAUCGAAAGUCUCAGAGGCUUGUUGAAGAAAUAAUUGACAAAAAGAUUGUUUUGUCAAUGAGAGCCAUUUAUCAGUCAAAAAUAGGUCUUGGCUUAAUGGACAUUGGGGUGAAGGAGCUUUUGCAAAGUAUUUCAGAAAAGCAGGGAGCGCGAAUGGAUUCACCUGAGUCGUCUGCAGAUAUUCCAAAAUUUAUUGAAUCUUUUAAGGAUCAAAUCAAUUUGGCUGAAGUCAAUUAUCCACUGGAACACUUUAAGACAUUCAAUGAAUUUUUCAUAAGAGAAUUAAAGCCUGGUUCUAGACCAAUUGCUUCUGCUGAACGUGAUGACAUUGCUGUAUGUGCUGCUGAUUGCCGUCUUUCAGCAUUUAAUUCAGUUGAUGAUAGUAAAAGAUUUUGGAUAAAGGGUCGAAAGUUUUCGGUUCAAGGUCUUUUGGGAAAAGAUAUGUCUUCCAAUGCUUUUGUUGAUGGAACAAUGGUGAUUUUCCGUUUGGCACCACAGGAUUAUCACCGUUUCCAUUUUCCAGUAUCAGGAAUUGUUGAGCAAUUUGUAGAUAUCCCCGGAUGCUUGUAUACUGUCAAUCCCAUUGCUGUAAAUAGCAAGUACUGUAAUGUCUUCACGGAGAACAAGAGAGUUGUUUCAAUAAUUUCAACAGAAGAUUUUGGAAAGGUGGCAUUUGUUGCAAUAGGAGCUACAAUGGUUGGUAGCAUUACUUUUACAAAGAGAAAGGGAGACUAUGUCAAGAAGGGAGAUGAGUUCGGAUAUUUCUCAUUUGGUGGAAGCACUGUAAUUUGCGUUUUUGAAAAGGUUGAAUUCAAUUGCAAUUGA